AACAAGCACACGACUUGAGGGAGAUAAAAAAAAAAAAAAAAAACCAGAGGCAGAGAAGAAACAGCUUCUAUAGUGAAAAGGAGAGUUUUGAGUGUGAGCAGAGAAGGCAGGCACCAAAACAAUGGGAAGAAGCGCUUGUUGUGCAAAGGAGGGCUUGAACAGAGGUGCUUGGACUGCCCAUGAAGACAAAGUUCUCAGUGAAUACAUCAAACUCCAUGGUGAAGGCAGAUGGAGAAACCUCCCCAAAAAAGCAGGUUUGAAAAGAUGUGGGAAGAGCUGCAGGCUUAGGUGGUUGAAUUAUCUGAGGCCAGACAUUAAGAGAGGCAACAUAUCACCAGAUGAAGAAGAGCUUAUCAUUAGGCUUCACAAGCUUUUGGGGAACAGAUGGUCUCUAAUAGCUGGUAGGCUUCCAGGGCGAACAGACAAUGAAAUAAAAAACUACUGGAACACCAAUUUAGGCAAAAAAAUCCGAGACCCACAGCAGCAAGGCUCUGCUUCAAAUCUCAAGCACCACAACAAAAAUGGUGAACCAGUUUCCAAAAAGGCCAAGACUAUGGAGGACAUGCCCCCCAACAUGACCUCACCAUCACCAUCCAAGGUGUCCCCAGUGGUCAGAACCAAAGCUGCUAAGUGCACCAAAGUUUUCAUCAACCCACACCCUCACAAACCCCUACUUAGCCACCAACAUUGUGAAGAAAACAACAGAGGAGGGUUGAUGUUUGAUAGGCCUGCUGGGGAUGACCACACGAACAAUGGGUCGUCGUCAUUGUCCUCCUUCUCUAAUAUCGCUGAUCAAGAAAAUUCAUCCUCGGAUUUUCUAGUGGAUUUUGACAUGAACGAGAUUAGCCUAGCAAGUCUCUUGAAUUCGGAUUUUCCGGCGAUUAAUUGUGACAAUGCUGAUCAAAAUGGUGACAAUAUUUUCUCAGAGGAAAUGUUGCAGCAUUUGAAUGAUGGCGGCCACGAUUGUGUUCAAGUUCAACCAAAUUUGGUUCUUAAUUUCCAUUCCUUGACUUCUUUUCUCGAUGGGGAUCAAGGAGGGGAAGAAUGGCUUAGAGGUAGUUGAAUAAUUUGCCAUAAUUAUUAAUCAAAUAAUUAUAUUUUUCUUGCCACUUACGUAAAAAGAAAAUCAUAACCAAUUAAGUUGUACUAAAUAUGUGGAGGAGGACCCUUAAUUAUAUAAAUUAAAGACUAUAAUAUUACUAGAGUGCCCCCCUGCAGGUCAUGUUAUCAGAUUUUAUUUAUUUAUUAUCAGUUGCAGUCGUACUUUUAUCUUGUUUAUAUUAUUCUAAAAGAAAAUAUAUUUAAGUUGCUUUUGAGGUGCAUUAUUUAUCGAUGGAAUAUGCUUUCAUGGUGUAUUUUAUAUGUCCUGCAUUGGAACAAGAACUUUUUAUAGGAACUUGGACUUGAUCAAA